AUGUCCACCCAGAAGCCGGUCGCCUCGUGUGUCCUGCUUUUCGGUCUGACCAUGGCCGCCACUCGCGGGCUGUCCGCCGUGCUGGAGACCCACUUCGGCUAUCCCCCUCUCGGGCCCAUGGUGUAUGCCCUCACGGCCUCGGUGCAGCUUGGCCUGUAUGCCAUCCUCCAGUGGUCGCUGAAGGAGUUCUCCGUGGACGACGUCAUGUUCGCCGCCAUCGACGACCUGCUGACCCCGGUGCGCAAGUCCACCGGCCGCAAGCCCGCCAUCCUGGAGUUCGGCUCCGGCCCCGGUACCGCCCGCCUGUGCCAGGACUACACCGUCUAUUCGGUCGAGCAUGAUGCCAAGUGGGUCAACUACAUCGCCGCCAGCCACUACAUCCACGCCCCGAUUGUCAACUUCUCCCAGCACAAGAAGCCCUCGGCCGACAUCACCAUGCCCGAGUCCGACCUCGGCUGGUACGACAUGAGCGUCAUCUCCAAGAAACUCCCCGCCACCUACGAUGUCAUCCUGGUUGACGGCCCCCCCGGGCACAUUGGCCGCCAUGGCUUCCUCCUGAACCUGGACUCCUUUGACAUCAAUGUCCCGAUCAUCAUCGACGAUGUCAACCGCGACGCCGAGCUCGACCUCCUGAAGCAGGUGGCCAAGCGCGUUGGCCGGCCGUACGCCAUCCGCCGCUACAGCGGCAAGGCCUUCGGCCUGAUCCCGGCCCCUGGCGCUCCUCUGCCCGCCUGGUAA